UUGACGAUAAACAUUUGCUUAAACAUAGCUUUCAUUGAUCUCAAUUAUUCUACAAGCGCCAUUUUACAAACUGCAGGUUACACUUAUCAGAAAGAAAUCAAUUUCCUCGAUAUUUCAUUUCAAUCGUACAAUACACUAAACUCUCUAACCAAUUGCAGUUGUUUAUCAAAAAUAAAACAGCAGGCACAAAAAUACCAAGCAGAUAUCUUCAACGUAACAGCCAAAUACAAAUAUUAUUGGUAUCAAUAUAUCCGUGGCAACUUUGUCUCGUUAAAGCGAUGGUUUUUUAGUUACAAAAACCUCUAUACGAAACAAUAAUAUUACAGUUUAUUCAAUUACAGUCAUUGCUCGAAGCACUUUUGCAAGAAAAAGAAAACAAUUAACGAGCGUCUCUAAUUGCGAAAUUUUAUUCGGCCGGUCGUGUUCCUUUGAGCGUGUUCGUGUUUAACGAGUAUACACGGCUAUUGUACCACGAGUUUCUCCAACGACCCUAUCUCGUUUCUGAGGCCACUCACUCACGCGUAGAAUUUUAACCUGCACAUUUUGGUUCCGUCGACCAGUCGUUGUCUUUGAGCCGCUUACAACGCAUCGUUCGCUAUACGCGCGCCGAUUUCUUCCCCUGGAUUUCUUGAAAUUUCUUAACUGUGAUUUUCAUCUUGAAACUUUCAAGGAAUCAUUUCUUCUUUUCUAUCGAAGUGUAUCGUGAGUAAUAGUAGGUGGACAUGGACAGUGUAAUUCAAAGGAUUGGAAGAUAUCGGAGGUCGCAAGGAAUUUGGCGGAGUGCACUUAUUCCCAAAUCUUUUGAUUUCGGUUUUUCCUAUUUUCGAAGCUGAUUUGAUAAACUUCUUUAAUUACCUUGGUGACUGUGGUGAAUUGAAAAACAGACGAUUUAAAUAUCUAUAAAAAUACGAUGUAACUGAACUCGUUAUAUAAUAGAAUUUUGUAUUUUUAUUUUGACACUGAUCUUCGUAAUCGAAAAAUUGAUCAUUUCACGAUCUGCAUAAAGUUUGAUGUUAUUGCCGACUUUUCAAAUAUGUACCGAGCAUCAACUUAGAUUUUUGUAUACAUUUUAAUAAACAGCCAGACGACACUGUGAUUAUUUUAUUUAUAAAUUCAUAUAUGGCAUCUCCUUCGAAUGACUCUUUCUUUCCAAACGAAGGACUAAAUAUUCUGGAUGACAUAUUACUUAGCAAUGGGAAAACAGAGUACGAUGUUUUAAGAAGAAGAUCGUCGUUCGAAGACAUCGCUGUUGAUGACGACGAAAAUGCAGAUUGCUCAGCGUUAAAAGGACCGCAAAAUAUCGAAGCUCAUCCGUUAACGAACAGUGUCCCUAGUCUCAUAAAAAUAUUACUGGUCUUCCCCAAAGAUGACCAACAAAUGGACGUUCUCGCCACCACUUCGAGGCGAUUGGGAUGGAGCGUGUCGGUGGCGAAAGACGCGGAAAAAGCGGUCGAAUUCUUUCAAAAUCGAGGUCACGAGCUAGUGAUCAUCGAUCAUCGGGGGCAACGCGCUGCAGAGGCCGAUACGAUUUGUAGGUACGGUGAAUUAUUUUUAAAAAAUCAACCAAAUUCCUCGAGCGUACGAUUUUAUGUUCUAAUAAAUACAAUCUAUUUCAGGGCGAUUAGGUCUAGUCCCGCUUAUCAUAAUUCCAUUAUUAUAGCACUUGUAAAGAAAUCGUUCCUUAUGCACGGCGAGAAAGAUAAAAUAGUGACGCUGGAUUUACUGGAGACAGGAUUCAGCAGAGCUCUAAUGGAGUGUUCCCACGAGAGACUCUUAAUAAACGAACUAGUAGGAAUUUAUGCUAGUGCACUAUUACCAAGGACACAACUGGCGGCUGCCAACGCGCUGUAUGUAGCUCUUGACAGAUGCCGCGACAUGGUACACGUGACGAACGAUAAACAUAUUGUACAGUUUGUUAAUAAAAUUAGCGAGAAGUUACUAGGCUAUAAGACCAGCGAAAUCUUGGGGAGAAGCAUUGCGGAUAUAGUGGUCUACGAUAAUUUUGUUCUAAUGGAACAACACAUAAGCAAAGGCCGGGAAUUCGAAGGGAACAUGAAUUGUAAACGAAAGAACAAUCAAAUGAUCACAAUCAGUUGCAGGGUGAUACCUUUCAGUAUUAGCUUGAAAAAACCGACUCAUUAUAUUUAUAUAUACGAUACGACGUACUUGUCAGAAAAUAUUGGCUCGCUCAGCCCGACUCCGUCACAGUCCGUGUACUCGAGAGGAAACAUGAUUGUGUCUCAAAGAAGGACGUCUGAUAUGAAGUCUAGCGAGGGCCGCAGGCGGUCCAGUGCACACAAGUUACACAGUUUGCAAUUAGAUGCACCCAUUACAAAAGUGAUCAGCCUUCUUUCUAACGCGAUCACCGAAUCUACGACCCCUGAUACAACAGCACAAAUCGAAAAGGCCAUUGAUAUUCUCAAAACUACCGAACUGUAUGUGCCAUCCCUAAGGGAAGAUACCGAUCCAGUAACAACCGAUCUCGUCGGGGCCUUGCUCGCCUCACCGAGGAAAGCGUGGGAAUCGAGAAGAUCAUCGGUUGAAUCGACGCGAGUUUCGACGACAAAGGGUUUCACUACGACUACUGCUUCGCGUAUGCAAAUCAAAGGUUUCAGAGGGCCUCAGGAGAUCGCGGAAAUUUUGGAAAGAUGUUUGGAAUGGAAUUUCGAUAUAUUCAAACUAGAAAUAUUAACCGAAAAAAGGCCACUACUCUUUUUGGGGACGACCAUCAUGAAUCUGUACCGCGUGCCUGCCAGACUCGGUUGUGAAGAAAAGGUCGUACAGAACUGGUUAACCGUAAUCGAGAUGAAUUAUCAGAGUCGAAAUAGUUAUCAUAAUUCGACGCACGCUGCAGAUGUGUUACAAGCUACUGCUAGAUUCAUGCAGUCUGAAAGGCUGCAACAGAUCUUGGAACCUUUGGACGAGGUCGCGACUCUGGUUGCAGCUGCUGCUCACGACGUCGAUCAUCCGGGUAGAUCUAGUCAAUUUCUUUGCAACUCUGACAACAAACUAGCGAUUCUCUACAACGAUCUAUCCGUCCUUGAAUCACAUCAUGCAGCACUAACCUUUAAAUUAUCACUGUCGGAUGACAAUGUGAAUAUUUUCAAAAACUUGGAAAGGGACACCUAUAAACAACUUCGUCAAACAGUGAUAGACAUGAUCCUAGCCACCGAGAUGACGAAACAUUUCGAACAUCUGGCUAAGUUCAUGAACGUUUGCAGUGCAAGGAUGAUGGACAGCCCACAAUUAGACGAUUACUCGGACACCGUGGAUAUGUCAGUUGUGUUACAACCAGAGAAUGUAGUAUUGGUUAAAAGAAUGAUGAUCAAAUGCGCGGACGUAUCGAAUCCGACUCGACCAUUGAAGUGCUGCGUCGAAUGGGCCAGACGUAUCGCAGAAGAGUAUUUUAAUCAGACUGACGAAGAAAAAAGGAUGCAACUGCCGGUACUGAUGCCAAUGUUCGAUAGAGCAACGUGUUCGAUACCAAAAGCGCAAAUCGGUUUCGUCGAUUUUAUUAUCAACGACAUGGUCGAGGCGUGGGAUGCAUUUAUCGACAUGCCAGAGAUGGUGGGAUAUAUGAGGCAGAAUUACGAGAAAUGGAAAGAAUAUAACGUAAGGAAUUAUUUAAUUCUUGAAUUUUACUCUUGUUUCUUGAAUUGCAUUUUUCUUCAAUCUUUAAAUUUAACCAUAUUCAAGGAAAAAAUGAAACUAUUCUUUUUUUAUCAAUAGCCAAAGAAGAUGAAAGAUACAGUGUCUGAGUCUUACUUCUGACUCUUGUACUUAGUGAAAGUUUAAAAAUUUUAUGAAUACUAAUAACAUAGUGCUUCAAUAUUAGUCUUAUGUCUCAAAUUUGACUUUUGCUUCUAGAAUCGUUUUGUAUUACUCUUUAGAUUCUUUCGCAAUUCUUUUAGAACUUCACGAAAUUCAAUUAUAUUAGAAAAAUGGAGCAAAAUUAUCACGAAUCGAAAAGCUUAAAAAAUUUUGUAAUCACAAAUAGUACUGUGCUUGAAUUUCACCACUCUUGUUCCUUGAAUUUUACUCUUGCUUCUUGAACUAUUUUGUAUUGUUCUCCGACUUCUCUCACUAUUCUUGGAAAACUUUGCCGAACUCAGUUAUACUCGGUAAAUAAAACGAACUAUUUUAUUUAUCAAUUGUUAGAAAGUUCGAAAAUAUUAACGUCAUAUAAUUAUUCUUGCGUCUUGAACUUCACACUUGCUUCUCAAACAGUCUCGUAUUAUUUUUCAACUUCUAUCGCUAUUCUUUAAGGACACUAUCUAAAUCCGAUUAUAUUCCAAAAAUAGAGCUAUUUCUUUCGUGAAUAAGUGAGAAAGUUAAAAAAAUAUUAUACCGAGUUUCUAUUUCGUUUGUGAUCAGGAUCGAGGCAUAUCAACUUUACCGGACAUCGAAAAGAUACAAGAGCUCCCCGAACUUCGAAUAUACCAGCUACCUUCGUGACCCAUGGAAAUCAAUCGUCCCUCUUAUACUCUUUCGUCCGUCCCAGAAUACAAUAGCCCCGUACAAACGAUUUGUAAAAUAUUCGUUAUAUUUAAGGAAUAGAGAUAAAUAAAUAUACGACACACGUCGUACAGUUGUAAGCUUUUUUUUAGAAAAUACAUGUAAUUCAACCA